AAUACAAUCCUAUUGGUUAGUGAACCUAGAGGUUCACCUUAGGAGGUGAACCCAAGAAUAAGUCCAAAUUUAAUAUCAACUUUUUUCUUUCUUUUAGAAACUGACAUGGUUUCUAACCAAUAAUCAUGCUCUUAUAAACCCAUGCUGUAGUAUGUCAUAGACUCCUAUUUAUUAUUACGCGUUACAUAGUUGUUGUUUUUUUGCGAAAGGGCUGGCGUUACAUAGUUGUUUUUCUUAAAACAAGCUCUAACAGACGUUUAUCAAAGCUCGAUAUAAUUUUAAAAUCAAGUUGGAAGUCAGCAUUACUUUUUUUGUUUCUGUAACUUGUCCGUAUUAUUUAGUCAAAAAAAAAAACUUGUCCGUAUUACUAUUUCCAUACAACAUUCCAUAGACUCCUAUUUAUACUACUUACGCGUUACAUAGUUAAUUAUUUUCCGCAAAACAAAAUAGUGAUAACAAAUUAUUAUACUGUAUAACUAGGAAUGCUCUUCACAAAGCCAGAACAAGCCAUAAAACAAGAUAAUCACAGCUCAAUACGUUAGCAUUGUGUCUUAAGUUUUUUUUUUUUUUUUUUUGCUUCUAAUCCACACAAGCAGAAGAUAAAGGAAGAAAAAAAAAAGAAGAAUGGUAAACGCACCGAUCGUUAGAUUUUAUAGCUGUCGAGGAGUCGCGUCUGAGAUAAACCCUCAUGCAAACCCUUUUGCUAUCUUCACAAAUGAUCAAAACCGCAACGCAAACGCUGAACGUGAGAAAUCAAGCAGCAGGUUUCAACUCAUAAGAAACGCCUCAAAAGUUUCCCCUUCAUCUUUUCAACACUCCAUGAGCCGAACCAGCAGUCACUUCUGCGACUUGGACCUUGACAACGAAGAAGAAGAAGAGGAAGACGACAAUAUUUACUACAUAGAAGAAGGUGGAACCAAGGAAGGAGAAGAACAACACAGUGAAAAACCGCAGCAACCGCCUAUUCUAAAGAAACGCGCCUCGAGACUAUCAAUCAUACUUCUUGAUCAAGGAUUAUUCACCGUUUACAAACGUCUCUUCGUCACUUCGCUGUUUCUAAACGUUAUAGCUCUCGUUCUUGCCGCCAUGGGACGUUUCACUUACGCUAGAAACAGAGCAUCUCUGUUUUCACUCGCCAACAUACUUGCCCUAACUCUCUGCAGAAGCGAAGCCUUCUUGAGACUCGUUUUCUACCUAACCGUAAAGAUCCUCGGACACUCCUUUGUCCCUCUCCGCAUCAAAACCGCGGUCACCUCGCUCUUACAAAGCCUAGGCGGUAUCCACAGCGGCUGCGGCGUUUCCUCAAUCGCUUGGCUCGUUUACGCGUUGGUUCUCACUCUUAAGGACAGGGACAGAGCUUCAACAGCGAUCAUAGCGGUUGCGUCUGCGAUUCUUUCUCUCCUCUGCCUCACUUCCUUGGCCGCGUUUCCACUUGUUCGUCAUUUACACCACAACGUCUUUGAACGCGUCCACAGAUUCUCGGGCUGGGCCGCUUUGGGCCUUGUUUGGGCGUUUAUAGUUCUAACGAUCUCUUACGAUCCAAUAUCAAGAUCUUACACCGAUGAUCUCGGCUCGAAGCUGAUCAAAACGCAAGAGUUUUGGUUCACGCUAGCGAUCACAGUUGCGGUUGUGCUCCCUUGGUUGAGUGUGAGACGCGUUCCGGUCGACGUGUCAUCUCUAUCAGGCCAUGCGUCGCUGAUCAAGUUCAGAGGAGGCGUGAAGUCUGGGAUCUUGGGUCGGAUAAGUCCAUCGCCGUUGUCGGAAUGGCACGCUUUUGGGAUUAUCUCUGAUGGUAAGACAUCGCACAUGAUGUUAGCUGGUGCUGUCGGAGACUUCACCAAGUCUUUAGUCUCAAAACCUCCGACACACUUAUGGGUCCGAACGGUUCACUUUGCUGGCUUACCCUAUCUCGUUAACUUGUAUGACAAGGUAUUACUUGUGGCCACAGGUUCGGGGAUUUGUGUAUUUUUAUCGUUUCUCAUGCAGCAGAGUAAGGCCGAGGUAUACCUAAUAUGGGUGGCUAAAGGGUUAGAUGAUAAUUUUGGAUCGGAGAUUGUGAACAGGGUUAAAGAUUAUCCUCACCAAGAUAGGAUCAUAGUUCACGAUACUGCGAUUCUAGGACGACCGAAUGUGUCAGAAAUGAGUGUGAAAGCGUCCAAGAAGUUUGAAGCUCAGGUUGUGAUUGUUACCAGCAAUCCUGAAGGAAGUCGUGACGUUGUUAAUGCUUGUAAGGCUUCUGGUGUUCCUGCUUUUGGUCCCAUUUGGGAUUCUUAGUAUUCAACAGUGGUGUCAAAAUAUGUGGUUCAUCAAUCAUCAUGAACCGUUCAUUUGCAAUUGCGCAUGUGAAAAAAUAAUGAGUUUGUUAUCUACGAAGACUUUUAGUUUAUGAGUUUGUAUAUGAGUUUUUACAACUAGAUAAACAGUGCGAGUUUGAGUUGGUUC